GUCAGGGAAAUGACUGGUGAUAAAAUACUAGGAGCUACAAUUAGAAAGCAUUAUGUCUCCGAGACCCAGAGGAACAACUGGAGAGAAAAAAGAUUUUUUUUUCUUUCUUUGAGAAGACAAAUAGGUUCACCUGACACGAGGAAGCCAACUGUGCAGGAUGGGGAUGAGGUCUUUGCGCAGACUCCUCCCAGACAUGUCUGGAAGAAAACCUCCAGUUAACAGUGGGAGCUGGCCACAGGCGCGCGCUCCAUCCACGAGGACCAACCCAGCUUUUGAAGACGACCACCAUGAGAGCCCUGAUCUCCACUGUGCUGCUGCUCACAGCAACCCGCUGCAGCCUGGGGCUUUUCAACUUCGACCAGCACGAGCUGCUGUUCAAACGGAACAGCUGCAAGCAGAUCCCCGCCAGCCUGCUGCUCUGCCACGACAUGGAGUACACGGAGAUGCGCCUGCCGAACCUGCUGGGCCACGAGACCAUGACCGAGGUUCUGCAGCAGGCGGCCUCCUGGAUCCCCCUGGUGCAGAAGCAAUGCCACCCGGACACCCGGAAGUUCCUCUGCUCGCUCUUCGCGCCCGUCUGUCUGGAUGACUUGGACGAGCCCAUCCAGCCGUGCAGGUCCCUGUGCGAGAGCGUCAAGCGCGGCUGCGCCCCCGUCAUGUCCGCCUUCGGCUUCCCGUGGCCGAAGAUGCUGGACUGUGAGCGCUUCCCGCCGGACAACGACCUGUGCAUCCCACCUGUGGACAACGAGAACCUCGUGCCAGUCACCGAAGAAGCACCCAGAGUGUGUGACGCAUGCAAAGAAACUGAUGAGAAGGACAACGAAAUUGUGGACAGUUUGUGCAAGAAUGACUUUGCUAUGAAAAUCAAGGUCAAAGACAUCUCAUACAUCAACAGAGACACCAAAAUAGUCCCUGAGACAAAGAGCAAGAUCAUAUACAUGGUGAACGGCGUGACCGAGCGCGACCUGAGGAAGAUGCCGCUCUUACUGCGGGACGGGAUGCAGUGCAUCUGCGAGGAGAUGAAUGACAUCAACACUGCCUACCUGGUCAUGGGCCAGAAGACAGAGAGCCACCUGGUCAUCACCUCGCUGAAGCGCUGGCAGAAGGGACAGCGCGAGUUCAAGAGGAUUUCCAGGAGUGUUCGUAAGAUGCAGUGCUAGGAGCAUGACAGGAGAUCAUAAAAGCUGCAUGUCAGUGUUGAAGAUUAGGUUUUAGUUGAGCCCUUUUUCUUUUUUUUUACAACACAUAUGCAGCUAUGGGUCAAGUGUGCUGCCUUUAAGCACAUCUGGAUUGUUUCUCAAACUUAAAAAGAUGCAUAUAAAACUUUUGAUGAAAGCAAGAAAGCCUUUGGAUCUGAAAUUGUUGUAAAAAAAAUGUGUUAUUCCUGUUUAAUUUACAUUUUUUUCCCCACAAGUUAAACCAUUUUUGUUGCACAGACGCCCCCUAGUGGGCAUUUCUCAAAUAGCAUGUCUGUUUAUGAGCGGUGGCCUUCACUUUCACUUCAGAGUUAAUGUCAGUUUUAUUCUGUGGGGGCAGAGAAAUAAUAAAACACGGGGGUGGAUAAAAAAAGAAUAAAGGUACAGCUUUGAGUCAGGGGAUAAAUGAUUGACCUUAAUCACUGUAAGCAGAUGUGAUCACAUCCUGCAUAAAAAUUGUUUGUUAAACCCAAAUAGAUGCCUUUCUUGUCCUCUUUGUGGGUUAAAUCAAGGGUUUUGCACCUAAAUAUUACUUUAAAAGUUCAACAAACACAUCUUACAGUGAAAGGUAUGAAUGCUGAAACAGUUUCAGAUGAGAGUCUGAAAAAACGAGUGUCCACCCUGUCUUCUCAAGCUAAAAUGAGAGAUAGCUGGCUAUAUUCUCUUUCUGUACAAUUCAAGUUUUUACUUUCAUAUUGUUUUUUAUUUCCCUAUGAUAAAACCUACUUUUCUACUCCACACAUGUUUUUUUUAAUGCUUUUGGUUUUGCUGUGCUUUUUAUUAUUAUUUUUUAGGUAUAAACUCUAAAAGUUGGAUGUUUGGUGGUGUUUUAUAAAGCUAAGCAAACAACAGUGAGAUUAUGUGUAUGUUUUUACCAUGUAAAGUAUUUUUACAUUGCAUUGUAAAUAUCAAAUACUGUCAUUUAUUCUUUUAUAAAGUUUUCAGAAAAUAAAAGCUGCCGACCACGUUUCA